AUGGCGUGGACUGAGUUUACCUACCUCUUCGUGAUCGCGCUCUUCUGCGCCGGUCUCGAUGCCUUCAUGAUCGGAGCCAACGACGUCGCCAACUCCUGGGCGACGUCCGUCUCGUCGCGCUCCCUGACGCUCAAGCAGGCGCUGCUCGGCGCUGCGAUUCUAGAAUUCCUCGGCGCCGUGCUCGUCGGCGCGCGUGUCGCCGGUACCAUCCGCAACAACAUCAUCGACAUCCGCGUCUUCAACCAGGAUGCCGGCGUCAUCCUCCUCGCCUUCACCUGCGUCACCGUCGGCGCGUCGACGUGGCUGACAAUCGCCACGUUCAACGGCAUGCCCGUCUCGACCACGCACACUGUCAUCGGCGCCAUCAUCGGUGUCGGCAUUGCCGUCGGCGGCGGCGGUGCCGUGCGCUGGGGCUGGAACGGUGUUGCCCAGAUCAUCGCCUCGUGGUUCAUCGCUCCCGGCGUCGCCGGUGGCCUGGCCGCCAUCGUCUUCCUGCUGUGCAAGUUCUGCAUCCUGCGGCGCAAGAACCCAAAGAAGCUCGCCGUGCUCGCCUCGCCGAUCUUCUUCUUCGUCGUGCCCUGCGUGCUCACCACGUCGAUCAUCGUCAAGGGCUCGCCGUCGCUGAACCUCGACGAGCUCCCGCCGAAUCAGACGGCCGCCGCCAUUCUCGGCACGGGCGCCGUCUGCUGCGCGCUCUCGGUGCUCUUCUACCUGCCCUGGCUCUACGUGCAGGUCAUCCGCAAGGACUACACCGUCCGCUGGUGGCACUUCUUCUACGGCCCCCUGCUCUGGCGCCGCCAGCCGCCGGCGGAUGCCGAGGAGAAAAUGGCCGUGCCCGACUACUACCUCGGCCACCACAACGACAAGGACGUGUUCAACCCGACGCCGGCCCAGGACCCCGAGGCCAUGCACCGUGCCAACUCGGACGACAAUGUCUCGGGCGAGGGCAAGGAGAUCACCGUCGACCAGCUCACGGAGCAGCACCCGGCCACGCUCGCCGCCGUCGAGGAGCAGUACUCGUCCGCCACGCACGACCGCUACGGCCGCCCGCUGCCGCCCAAGUACCGCCACUACGAGGGCUCGGCCAUUGAGCCGUGGAACGCCGUCAUCGUGCUCCGCUACAACGCCCUUCCCUGGCUCAUCCACUCGCUCACCGCCGGUGUGCGCACGGACAUCCACAAGGCCCAGGCCACGCAGGGCGCCAGCGAGAAGGAGAUUCUCCGUCUCCGCCGCGUCCACGCCCACGCCGAGCACUUCGACAACGAGGCCGAGCACGCCUUCUCCUUCCUGCAGGUUCUCACCGCAUGCACGGCCUCCUUCGCACACGGCGCCAACGACGUCGCCAACGCCAUCGCGCCGCUCACCGUCGUGUACAGCGUGUGGUCGUCGGCCGAGUUCCCCUCGUCGCGCGAGCCCGUGCCGAUCUGGAUUCUCGUCUACGGCGGCGCGAUGAUCUCGAUUGGCCUCGGCAUCUACGGCUGGCGCAUGAUGGCCGUGCUCGGCAACCGCCUCACGCUGCACUCGCCGUCGCGUGGCUUUUCGAUGGAGUUCGGCGCCUCGAUCACCGUCGUGCUCGCCUCCUACCUCGCCCUGCCCGUCUCGACGACGCAGUCCAUCACCGGUGCCACGCUCGCCGUGUCGCUGUGCGAGGGCACGUGGCGCUCGACAAACUGGAAGGGCUUCGCCUGGGUCUUCAUGUCCUGGGUCUACACGCUGCCCUGCGCCGGCCUCAUCUCGGGCCUGCUCAUGGCCAUCGUGCUCAACGCGCCCGGCUGGGGCACCGACGUCGGCAUCCGCCCGUAAGCGUCGACGCCUCGAAAGCUGCACCGACAAGGCCCCUUCUCGCGCAGCAUCAUGACCCUACUACCCUUACAUCCUUGUGCAUGCCCCCGGCCCGGUAUCUCGUCACUGUACAUCACCCGUUCCCUAUCACCUGCCGUGUCCGCAAUGCUCAUACGCUCUUGC